AUGCAAUUUCUUUUAAUCCCGGAGCGACCAGCAGUAGAAAUUGGGUCCAAAAACGAUGGGCUUUUCGGUGUUGAACUGCUGAAAAAUCCCGCGGGAUUCAAAUUGCUCAAUGAAAAAGUCAGGAAACGCUCUUUCGAACUGGUUGAAAAGGUACUGCUGAUUUUCACGUCUAAUAAAAUUUAUCAGAAUUUUUCUGAAAAAAAUUUUUUCUUCACGAAGUUCGGCUAUUCUUCUUUGGUUCUGCAAGCAGUGGCCCGUGGGAUGAACGCCGUGAAGGUUUUAAAUACGCGAUCGGAUUUGUAUGAAGCACUGAAGAAUUCAAUGCAGCUCGAAAGCGAUUGCUUAACUGAUGUUGACAGGCGUACAGUUCUUUUAUUCCUUGAUGACUUCGAGCAAUCCGGCGUUCAUUUAUCCCAGAACAAGAAGGAAGAAUUUGUGAGGCUUAGCGACGAGAUAUUUAUGACUGGUGCACAGUUCGCUCAUGGCGCCGAACAACCUGUAGCCGUUGCACCAUUUUAUAGCAAAAUGUACCGCACGAAACGACAACUGCACGGUCCAAACUCACUGACAGUUAGCAGAACAACCAGACGGUGGUCCUACGCUACUUACUAUGCGCAUAAUGAUGAACAGGUAAGUACAUUUUUGGGGUUUUUGACAUAUCAUGGUAUUUUUCUAACUCUUGGAGUGCCAAAAAGCAUGUGUUCACUAGAAUUGGAAGUGACUUUUGCACCACUCCUUAAAUAAAG